AAUAUUCUUAUUAUGAUUUUUUUUUUAAUGGAGCUUGAUUGCUUCAGGUAAUUGGACUGAUUCGGUCAUCACUUGCAGUAACCAGAAGACGUGCUGUGUAAAAAGACAGAUCUGCCAACAUGUUGGGAAAAUUUCAGUGCCCAGGACUACAAAUAUUCCCUUUUCAACAAUUAUUUUUUUCACAUUAAAUGUGUUCACUAAAUGUGUUUUGCUGCACACUGUGCUCUCUAUGUGUUCUGUGUGAUCUCUUUUCUUCUAUAGGAGGGGCCAUCAAACCUGUGGUGACCUUCACACCCAACUGGGGGAAUAUAUUAUUCUUUGAUGAUGUGACUCUAACAUGUGAUGUGCCGUCUACUGAGGAGCCCCGGACCUAUCACUGGUAUAAAGAUAAGAGACCAAUACCAGGAGAUCACCAGAGUCUUCAUAUCAUUGGAUCUUCAGUGAUUCGGGACAGAGGAGAUUACCAGUGUCAGACCAUCGGUGGUGAUAUCAGUGAUCCCGUCUUCCUAAAUGUUAUAAAUAAUUAUGUCAUCCUGCAGAGACCCCCAUCUGCCAUCUAUGAAGGAGACCCCCUGACUCUGAGAUGUCAUCAUGCAAAAGAUUUUAAUGCAAUAAACACAAAAUUCUACAAGGAUGAUCAGGAGAUAAAAUCAUCAGAAUCUGACUCCACAUUCCAUAUUCCUAAUAUAAGGAGGAGUCAGUCUGCACGCUACAAAUGUACUCAACAAAUACAACGUUAUGAUCGUUCUGAAGGACAAACGCACUCAGAUGUCUCCUUUAUCUCUGUAAAAGAACUCUUCUCUCCUCCAAAAAUUAUAAUUCUGUACAAUAAAUCGGGAAGAGAUUCCACGACGGUGAGAUGUGACACCAAACUGGAUCCGCUCAGAGGCGGCACAGAGCUGCACUUUGCCUUCUACAGAGAUGGACGGACUGUGCGGGAAUUCGGUAUAUCCGAUACAUACAGAGUGGAGGAUUCUGGGAAUUAUACCUGUGAAGUGAGGACGGCGUCUGACAUUGUGAGGAAGAUGAGUGAUGAGAUCUAUAUCCAGAUAACACAGAUACACGAUUACACGACGCAGAAUAUAAUACGACUGGUGAUCUCUGGAUUUGUAUUAUCUGCUGCCGUAUGUUUCACCUACUUCCACAACAAGUGGUAGAGAAGAAGAGGAGGAAGAAGAAGAAGAAGAAGAAGAAGAAGAAGAAGAAGAAGAAGAAGAAGAAAAAGAAGAAGAAGAACUUCUAGGAAUCUGAGGACCUAAAUGGAACAUCUAAGAGAACAUGGAAAAUGUAUUUGUUGAAUUUAAAGGAAAUUCAUAAUUUUUCAAUAAAUUAAUAUUCCCCCAAAAAAUUGAUAUUAAUAAAAAAAAAUAAAAAAAGAUUAAACUAACGAGUUUAUAUACACUAGAUAUAGAGAGCGGUGGAGAAAACAGAAGUGGUCACUGAGAUCACACCUCAAGGAGAGUUUCUCAGGAAGGAAAUAAAGUGUUUUUCUUUGAAAAAAUAAAAACUAAGAUAAAAU